AUGUUUCCUGGUCGCGGGAAGCGUGAGCUCCACGCUCCCUGGCGCGGUCGAGGCCCUCGCAAUAACACCAACCAGCCUACUACACCCUUCGUGAACAACAACUUGGGCGGCGGUGCUCCAAUCCACUCGUCUACCUCUGCGAGUUCCUCCAUGUCGCGCUUUGGACAGACGACUACCAAGGCCAACAAAUUGCAGACCACUGAGGAUUCCGAUUCCAGUGAUACGGAUACUGGAGGCGCUCCCCUCCGACCUGCCUCAAUCAUCAGUCGCAUUGUCCAAAAAGCCAAAUCCCCUCUUUCGGCGGAUAUCAAGGGCAAGAAUGUCGUCCCUGCCAAUAGCCACAACGAGCCCAAGGCCUUGCUAUCCAAUCCUCAGGCAGACCAGACCACUACCAACACAAUGACUCCCCAGACUCCUGGUCAGCCCACCACGCUUGACAAGCCUCUUGGUACCAACGAACUGUUGGAAAUGAUUCGCAAGUCCAAGCCCGAGUUUUUCGACGGGGAGUCCGAGCUGAGCAUGGGUGCAAAUCUUUCUCGAAGCCAGACUUUUACAGAUGGUUUCAUCAACGAAGCCUCGACCAGCGACACCCAUACUCAGCCUCAAACUGUUGGUACUGGUGUUGCUCAAUCUCGCUGGGGUCCUGCCACGGUUCAGCAAGCUGUACCGCCAGUGCUGCAUCGCAAUACUCUUCGUUCAUCCCGCACCGAGCCCUCCAUCGGCGAGUUGAGCAUGACUACCACCGACACAACCGAAGGCACCGUCUAUCAGGGAGGCAUGGGCUUCAUUUAUGGUCAUCAGGAACAAUCCUACGACAAUGAUGCCUGGGAUGCCAAUGCCAACCCGGCCGACAUGGCUCAGAACAUUCAAGAUCAGAUUGAUUACAUUCAGCGUAUGCAUGAAGCCUUGCAGAGUAAUAUUGAGCGUUCUCAAAUGGCCUUGCAGAACAAUGCUCCUCAACAGAUGCAGUCGAAUGUCAAUGAUGGUCCUUUCGGCAACAAGAACCAUGUUGUGAACCACCGUCGAACUCAGACAGCAGUGGGCCCUCGAUCUCGCGUGGCACCCAGAGCGCUCAUGUCUGUACCAGAGGUCGACCGAGAAGUGACUCCUAGACCCCGGGGCCACCCUCAAAAAUGCCAGUUGAUUGUGGCUCCUCAGAUGGCCGUUCAGGCUCCCGUCCAGACUCCCGCUCAGCAGGAUGUUGGUGGUCGCUCAGAGGCACUCGACGAGCUACUCAGCUAUGACACUCAGACCCUAGCUAACGUUAUGCUGGAGCCGCGCAUGUUCCCCUUUGUCGAGAACAGCAGUCUCUAUACUAACAAGCGCAAGGAGGCUGGUGUCCUCAAGAUCACAAACUGUCCCUUCAGUGUUAGCCGCAAUGAAAUCAUUGCCAUCUUUGGACGUGCCAUGCGUCUUUUGAACGAUAACGAAGAGCCCAUUCAUAUCAUUCUCGAAAAGGUUACAGCCAAGACGCUCGAUGCUUAUGCCGAGUUUGAGACCCCGGCCGAUGCUCUCAGGGCCCUGGAACGUAUCCAGGAGAACAUUGCCCAUAACCGACCUCCUCGUAUUGGCAGUCGUAUCGUCAAGGUCGAGUUCUCCAACCAGGCUGCCUUGAUGAGCGACAUUUUCCCUGUGGCUCAUGGUGUCACCUGGCAGGGAUCGCACCCAAUGAUUCGCACGGAUUCUCCUUAUCCCAUUGACAACUUCAAAUGCUUCACCAGCGAGGAGGAGAACCUGCAGCUCAGUCGACACUUUGAAUGUUACGGACGUACUCCGUUUUCGCGCGACUGCCCGGAGCGCUUCAUCGAGGCCAUGAUCUCGACUCUGAAGAAGAUGCCAUGGUACAUGACCAAGUUCAUCACCAUCCACCAGCAGCAUUACAUAUUUGAGUCCUGCCAGAACCUCAUGUGCACCUUGCUCGAUGAGUUGACGUCUCAUUUCUAUCCGUAUGCUCCCCGCCGCCCUGGCUUUGAGCGGCUUACGGAACAGCUUUGGCAGCGCUUCAUCGAUGCAAUCAUGAAGUGCCCGGGCUUCACCAUUGUUCAGAAAGAUAGCAUGGCUCUCAUAGUGGGCAUGGAGGAGGCCGACAAGCGCCGCUACAACCUGCCGCGCUGGGCCGAGUCUUGGACUCAUUUGUAUUCACUUAGUCCCAAGCCGGGCACGCCCUUGGACCUGCUUGAAUUCUACAUUCAUGUCUUGCGCGUUGAGAGCACUCGAGCCGUUCAGAACGAACCCAUCAAUGUCAAGGUCCAGCUCGCCGAGCUCGCCGAGCAGACCGACCCCUAUUUCGGUUACUUUUGGCGCGAGAUCAACUAUCCCACGGGUCCCGCCUUUGACGAAAUGACGCUGCAUCACGCCGCCAAUCUCGAAUGGGGCGCCAUGGAUCGCAUCAUUCGCCGCUUUCUGCAGAAUGCCCAGCAGAAUGGCAACAGCUUCUCCAGUGGCAUUGAUGCCUGCCACAACUAUAGUCCGCACAAUGGUUAUAGCAGUCGUCAGAUUACCAAUUUGCUGAUGGAGUAA